AUCACUAAAUGAGGAAGUCCAUCAAUUUUAGGUUCUAAAGACAGAGACAUAUGUAAUACAAUUUAAAAAAUAAAAGAGGGGGAAAAAAGGUAAAGUCUGAAGGAUCAAAUGACUAGUUCAUUCUUGAACCCAAAGCUUACAUUACCCACCUCUGCCAUCCUUGUCUUUUAAGCAAAAACUAACACCAAAUGCAAAUACUAUCCCCACUGACACUAAAACUUCUUUCUCAUCAUUCAUGAAUUUUGCUUCUUCAUUCAAUUUUUUAUCCAGGAACCUCCUCAGUAGUCUCUAAGUUCGAUCUAUACUGAAGGGUACCUUCAAAUCAAAUGGGUUCAUUCCAGACACCAAUUGGAAUGAGAAGUUCAACAUUGCUAGAGACUUCAUGUGGAUUCCUGUUACAGGAACUCCAGAUAAUAUGGGAUGAAGUUGGAGAAGAUAAGUUUGAAAGGGAGAAAGUUCUGUUAGAUUUGGAGCAAGAGUGCCUUGAGGUUUACAGAAGAAAAGUUGACAGAGCUAAUAUAUCUAGAGCUCGGCUGCAUCAGGAAUUGGCCGAGGCUGAGGCCGAAUUUACCCACCUUCUUUUGUCCCUUGGUGAACGAUCUCUACCUGGCCGGCCAGAGAAAAGGGCAGGUUCACUAAAAGAGCAGCUAGAUUCAAUCACUCCAGCACUUCGGGAAAUGCGCUUGAGGAAAGAAGAGAGGUUAAACCAGUUCCGAACUGUACAAGGUCAAAUUCAAAAAAUUUCUGCAGAAAUUGCAGGUAACUCAGACAAUGAACCCUCAACCAUUGUUGUAAAUGAGAAUGAUCUUUCACUAAAAAGACUCGAGGAAUAUCAGAAUGAGUUGCAUAGACUUUACAAUGAGAAGAAUGGAAGACUUCAGCAAGUAGAGAAAUACAUCGACAUAAUACACAGCUUGUCCACAAUAUUGGGAAAGGAUUCUUCAGCAAUCAUCAUGGAAGUUCAUCCAAGCUUAAAUGAUUUGUGUGGAAUAACAAAAAAUAUAAGUGACACCAUCUUAGAUAAACUCAAUAUCACAGUGGAGUCUCUUUUAGAAGAAAAACAAACUCGGCUAGACAAGCUUCAUCAUUUAGGCAAAGCACUGUCAAAUCUAUGGAAUCUUAUGGACACAUCAUACAGUGAGCGACAAUCUUUUUCCCAUGUAAUCAAUUUGUUGUCACUCUCAUCUGCAGAAGUAACAGAUCCGGGAAGUCUUACUCUAGAAAUAGUCCAGCAGACUGAAGCUGAAGUAAAGAGACUGGAUCAACUAAAAGCAAGCAAGAUGAAGGAGCUAUUCCAGAAGAAGCAGGAGGAACUGGAAUUGAUAUGCAAGAAAUCACAUGUGGAGAUUCCUUCAAGGGAAGAGAUGAACAAUAUAAUUAACCUCAUAAACUCAGGGGAGAUUGAUCAUUCUGAUCUCCUCCUGAGCAUGGAUGAACAGAUAUCAAGAGCAAAAGAAGAGGCUUCUAGCAGGAAGGCUAUCAUGGAGAAAGUGGAGAAGUGGAUGCUAGCAUGUGAUGAGGAGCACUGGCUAGAAGAAUAUAGCAGGGAUGAGAAUCGAUACUCAGUCAGUAGAGGAGCUCACAAAAACUUGAGACGUGCCGAACGUGCCCGUAUAAUGGUCAGCAGAAUGCCAGCUUUGGUAGAUUUGCUAAUAAAAAUGACUAGGAGUUGGGAAGAAGAAAGAAAUAAAGUUUUCUUGUAUGAUCAGGUACCUCUAAUGGCCAUAUUGGAAGAAUAUAACAUCCUAAGGCGAGAAAAGGAGGAGGAUACUAAAAGACAGCAGCCAUGGGAAAAAAAGAGAAUUCAAAGCCAAGUAGUUGAGCGAGAUAAUACUUAUGCGUCAAGACCUGGCACCAGCAGUAGGCGUCUUCCUAGUAGAAGCUUGAAUGGAGCUCUAGACAGUUCUGUGGUCCUGAACAGAAGGCUUUCUAUGGGAAUCCAACAGCUGGGAUCCAACAGCAUAAAUUCAGGAAAUCACGGCAUGUCCUUCAUUAAAGAUGGAAGGAAUGUCCUAAGAAAAAAGAUUUAUGGCGAACCCACCUUCACUUCUCCUACAAGAGACGGGGCAUCUUCUGCGGUGUCAAUACGUUCUAUACGGUUUUCCCCUUAAAUUUCUUUAUUAGAAACCUAGAUUUUGUCUGAAACUGCUUCAGAAAGCUUGCUUUCCAAGAAAACUGUUGUGGAAUAGCAAGAGAAUAAGCAUGGAGAUUUUUAUGUACUCAUGUUCCUAAUCUUAAGUUGCCCAAAUGGAUGAGCUCGUACUUGAUGUCAACUGCAAACAGAUUAAGUUCUUGACUCAUUGUUUAAUUUGCAAUUUUGCAUCAUGAAUCCCUGUUUCAGUGCCAGAAUUACAUGAUGCAUUUCUUGA